AUGCCGGCGGCGGAGGAGGAGACUCAACUGUCAACCGUGACGAUGGUGCGGCCGGUGGGGAGGGGGGGUGACAUUUCUCCGGUGGCGGGGGAGGGGGAGGAGGCAGUGGGUGUGGUGGUAAAGAUGGAGGAAAGGGAGGAUCAGCUGGAAACGUAAGUCAUUAAUUCUUAUAUAAAUUGGUCGGAGUAAAAACGUGUGAAGAGAGAGCUUAGGUUACCAUUGCGACCGUCUGAGAAGACGCAAAUAUUCGUUUUGUUACUUCAGCCUCCAUCUACCUACUGGGUGCGUCCAAUUUUACUGACAAGAAACUGAAACUGAGUUCUCUAUCCAUUGUAAAGACAAGCUUAUUAAAGGCUUUCUUCCACCAUUUUCAUUCAGAUUGGUACCCAUGCUGGGGGUGGGGUCAGUCGUCUUGCCCAGGAGGACAUGGUGGCAAUGGAGGAAGUGCAGGGAAUGGCCUCCUAAUCAGGCUCCCCACUGCUACGACAAGUCAGCAUCAGGUGGUAACGCAGGCUCAUCUAGCUCUGGAGGUGGAGGAGGUAAUUUUUAGGUCAUGUUACUUAUACUGUGUAGUCCAUUACACUGGAAAGCCUUUUAAGAGAUGACGAAGGUUUACUUGAAACUAAUGCUAUUUAUAGCUUAAAUCGUUAUACUGUAAUCAAGGUAAUGGAUGAUAUUGGUAUUUUUUUUAUUCGAUUUUAAGGUGAUUCUUGUGGCAAUCAUUACGGUGGAGGUGGUGGAGGAGGUCAGUAAACAAUUCUUUUUGUGUUUUUCCUCAACGUGAUCGAAGCCAAGAUACUUCAGUCAGCUCUAUUGGUUAGAUGUUGAAUUUGAGGUCGAAUGUGACUAGGGAUUUGGGCUCAAGCAUCCAUAAGUAACAUUUCGAUUGAGCGCUGUAAAACAAAAGCAAAAGCAACAACAGCGUUCGAUCGUAACAACAAUAACAACACCCAUGAUCAAAUUGCAAUUGGUUUUAGUUGUGCAUCUGAUUGGCUGAGAGAAUGGCACGAGUUUUGUAGACCAAUUAAAGAGCGAGGUGAAGGAAACCAUUUGAAACCGUCGCAAUUUCGGAUUAUCUUAACCAUUGAAAGGGAGGUAUGCUCCAGAUAACAUACAACUUUCAUAACUCUUGGCCGGACUUUCAGCACAGUUAAAGACAAUCUUUGAAAGGUUUAGAUUCUCAAAAUGCAGUCGAUCUUGUAGUUUAGCGGCGGAGACAAAACCUAAAUGAUUUCUGGUAUUAUUUCUCUUCCAAAUUGAACGAUCUUUGGUUUGUUGCCAAAGUGGACUAUUUACGAUCUUUUAUAUUUACGUCAACGUCUUAGAUCUUUCAUGGACUGAAAUGACGAGGUUUUAUGACAAAUUUCAAUGUUUUCAAGCAAGGAGACUUCUAUGAAUGAAUCUCUUACCCACCGCAAACUUAGGUGUUCUGGAGAAAUUCGUUCUCUGUAUAGAUAAAAAAAAUAGAUAACACAUAUGCAACUGCCUUGGGAGCAUUAAUGACACCUUCAGGGUCCACGGGGGCCACUAUUUUUUUGUUUAUAUUCAGGCGGACUCCAAUUUGGCAAUACCAACUUCACGACUCACCUGAGUUACGGAGGGGGAGGUGGAGGGGGAGGAGCAAGUGCGUUCAGUGAUGACCCCAACCCUGGAGGGAAAGGAGGAAGUGGAGGAGGACUGGUGUAUUUACAGGUUGGGAAACUGGUACUACAAGGGACCAUCAGUGUAAAAGGUAUGAACCAGAAAAGCAUAAAACCCACUCCUCCCUCCCAAAGUCUCAACCCUUUAGCUCCCAGAAGUGAUUGACAAGUAACUUCUCCAUGUAUUGUUCAUACAUUAUCCAGAAGACAGGUAAUGAGAAUAUUGUUUUAUUUAACACUAAAUUCUUACAACUUUCUUACAUAUAAAUUUGACGUAGAUAGAGGGAAGAAUUAAAAACCAGAUCUUGGGAAUUUAAUGGGUAAACUUAGAAUCCUUCUUCUCAGAGAAAUGUUGUUGAAAGACCAAGUUUUUCGAUAAUGUUCAAACCAUACCUUAUUCCAGACCUAAAUAAUAAAAAGCGAUCCCCUUUUCAGACUUAAAUGAGUAACAAACAAGAUAAUAGAGUCUAUUGGUCAAAAACUACACCCUCUGAGCCGCAAACGCCCGUAGAAUGUAAAAGGAAGCAGUGGAGGUCAGAACUAAAAAUGAGAAAUUGUUCCACGUUGUAAAUCUGCGGCCUGGCUGUUUUAUGGAGCUAAUACUUUACUUUUUACGCAGGAAACUCUGGACAAUGUCUCAAUCGGAAAGGUCACAGAUCAGCCCCUGGGGGAAGUGGAGCUGGGGGCAGUGUUGUCAUCUUUACCAAGAAACUCAUCGGAGAUCCGAAGACUAAAAUUUCCGUAUCCGGAGGGGAUCCUGUAAAAUGUGCUUUUGGAACUGGUGGUGGUAAGCAAACAAAGUCCUUUGCAAACCAUGCCGUGAGAACUGCUUAGUGAAGCUCAGUAAAAUAUCGGUCCACCCAAGCUUUUGGUCAUAUUAUACGCUCUGGUAAAAAACCUUAUCUUAUGGCAGAUGGGUUUAGGGUUCAAAGAAACGUACGGGAUAAGAGUUUAGGGUACGGUACGGGAUGAGGUAUCGCAACCCGCGGGAUCGGAAAGAUAAGAGCUUUCCAG